UUCGUCUCGCGGAUUAGGAAGAGUUUACCUGAUUGUACCUUUACACUUCUUUAGGCUUACUUGUAAACCUUGCUUCAUCUACAAACAUCGAGAUGAUUCAGUUUGUUGGUGACCUGCUGUUGACGGCGUGACCUUGGUAGAUGAAACAAGAACUAGUGAGGCUGAGCUGGGCGCUCUCUGAGCGCUUUGUAGACGUCGGCACCUAGUAGAAGUAAGAGUUCAACAAGUACAUUUUGUUUUGACGACUACGGAGGAGUGCAAUUGCAUCAAUCCUACAACUAUGUUUUCGUCUCUGAUAAACCCGCAGCAGAUGGAGGAGGAUCAGGCGGCGAACAGCCAGGACGGCGGUCCGGUGCUCGCCAAGCGGUUCGAUCGCCAGCAUUUGACGUGGCAGAGCAUCAUGUUCCUCGAGCAGGACAUUCCCGCGACGAAGAACCACACCUGCACGUUGGUGAACGAAUCGGAAAUUUACUGUUUCGGCGGCUACGACGGGUCCAGGAACCACAACAAGCUGUACAGCUACCACAUCGAGGACACGGAGUGGCGGAAGCUGGAGCCGUUCGGCCUCGCGCCGUCGGGCCGCAACGGGCACACGGCGACGCUGCUGCCGCCCAGCGAGAAAACCGGGGGUUCGCAGAUCCUGUUUCUCGGCGGCUGGCUCGGCAAUGGCCCCCUAGCUGCGGGGGACGUGAACAUUCUGGAUUUGCGCUCCUUCAAGUGGGUCCAGCCCGAGUUCCGCGGGGACCCGCCGGGGCCGUGCAACAUGCACACGGCCGACGUCGUCGGGGAAGAGGUGGUGUUGGUCUUCCGCGGCGGGGACGGCAGGGCGUACCUGAACGACUUGCACGCGCUGGAUCUGAAGUCGCGUUCAUGGCACAGCUUUCCCACCACGGGGGAGCUGCCGCCGCCGCGGGCCAACCACUCCUCCUGCGUCGCCGGUAACACCAACAACCUGCUGUUCAUCUUUGGCGGCUGGGACGGCAGCAAGCGACUCAACGACCUGCACUGCCUAGACGUGCACACGCGCGUCUGGUCCUACCUGCGUGUCAACGGGCAGCCGCCGCUCGCGCGCGCGGGGAUGAGCUUGAGCAACGUGCACGGCCUCUUGUACCUGUUCGGCGGCAGCGGACACACGACCCGCUGCUUCAACGACGCCCACGUUUUCGACCCGAAAACAAACACGUGGAUGGAGGCCUUCCCCACGGAUUCCAAGCUCUGUUACACAAAGAGAAAAGUGCAGGUAGUACGUAUAAGGGAUCAUUAUGAUUUUCAUGCGGUUGUUCUGAUUUUGUACACAGUUCUAAAAUCCAGCAGGAUUCUUUCAGCCUUCUGAAUUAUUUCCAAGAACCUGACGAAAACGACUGGUGAUCAUCAUGUUUUCUAUCUAAUCAACAAAAUGCAAAAAAAAAAAGCAAACUUUGCGGCUGACGCCCGGGCAAUCCUGCGUUCCCGAGAGGCGGGCCGGCCACGCGUGCGUGGCCGUAGGCCGGCGGUUAUUCGUGUUCGGCGGUGCGUGCGGCACGCACUACUUUGAGAAGGGCCACUAUGGAAGCGUCAGGUUCGAAAUCGACAAAAUCGAAAAAUUUGUGAUGCGUAAAAUGUAGAGCACUGAAGGCCUGUAUUGGGGAGCAGGCAUAUGAGGCCGAUCGUAAGCCUGUUUAGGGGUGCGCAAUGUGCUGCCAGAGUAGCAUGACAGGAGCAGCCUUCUUUGCCCAAAUAACAGUACGAUAGACUGGAUUUGGGUGCUCCCGAAAUUUGUCAUGUCCAUAGGGCCCGGGGGGGCGGCGUCUUCGGGUUGAUCAAUUCACCUGAUACACAAUGUCCCGCCCGCAGUAGCACAGUCUGUUUAUGUCAUGCGCCACUUGGAAACUGAGGCUCCAACUGGCAUCGAUUUUGUGCAUCACAAAUUUUUCGAUUUUGCCAAUUUCGAUUCUGACACUUCCAUAGCCACGUUUUUCUGCUCGACACCGACGCCGCGCCGGAAGUCAGCCUCGACGUUUCCCCGCUGGUCUCCUCGGUCGUGCGCUCGCAGCUGGGCCUCUACUUUGACAACCCGCAGUUUUCGGACGUGUGUUUCGUGUUUCCGCACGAGCGCAACCAGAAGCUGUACGCGCACCGCGUGCUGCUCAGCGUCUUCAGCGAGCACUUCCGCAGCAUGUUCUCACACAGUUGGCGCGAGGCCACGGAGAACGAGAUCCGGUUGCCGGACGACAUCAGCUACGACGUGUUCCGCAGCAUUCUGAACUUUAUCUACACCGGGGGCGAGUUUUUGACCCCGAAGGACAACGAGGAGGAGCCGGACACCAGUCAGGAGAACGUGCUGUACCUGCUGCGGCUGCUGCGCGCCGCCGACGAGUUCUGCAUCGACCACAUAAAGUCGCGUUGCGAGGAGCGCCUCUGCACGGUGGUCACGUCGGCGACGGUACAUCUGGUGUACGAGGAAUCGCAGCGGUACUGCGCGCCCGUCCUGCGCCGCUACUGCCAGUGGUUGCUGCGGCAACAGGACACCAGCAGCGCAUCGUCGCCCCUCCUGAUGCCGCUAGCAGGGGCGGGCGGUGGGGAAAGGGGCAGCGGCGGGUUCCCAGCCGGGUCCUUCGGCGACCCCGCGUACACCCCCUCGUCGCCUUCCGGCAUGUCUGGGCGAAUGGGCAUGCCAACGACAAGAAUGGACGAUUUUCUUGCCCCGAUAUCUUCCAAAGCGGGUGAGAUGGCUGCUCUUGAAAGCAUUCCCCCACCGAACAAUGCUGGCGAAUUUAUGGCAAAUAUGGCGAAGGCAAAGCGAGACCUUGGCUUUGACCCCGCAGCACCCUGGGGAGAAAAGUUUGGCGGCGCAUCUUCAUCUUCGUCACGAAGUCCGAAGGCGGGUCUUUUUGGCGCAGACGGUAGCACGGAUGCGGGCCCGAGUAGUUCCUCACUUGCGCGUCGGAGUGGCACCGUCCUAACACUGCCGAACCGUGACCCGACAUUGUUGAAUAGUACCAGCGGCAGCAGCAGCAGGAGCCCUGUGGCAAGACACGCGGAUCAUGACGCGACGUCUGCUGUUGGCGCGGCCCUCGGUGCGAUAAAUUCGUCGACGUCUAGCAGCACCGCAGUGGAUACUUCAAGCUUGGCAGCGAGUUCCGCAGCGGCUGCAACCGCCAGCUCAAUUGAAGGGAGCGCGACAGCGCCAGAUCGUGCCGGCGCCAGGAGUCCGGCUGGAAAUCGCAACGGAGAAAAGCACGAGCAGAUCCAGUUGAAUGCGGCGGGCGCAGCAUCUUCAACUGCAACAAAUCAGCCUACAGCAUCGUCGUACGCUCCCCCAGCACGAUCAGCAACAGAAGGGACGAACGCGGGUCAGGCAAACAACACAACCGCCGAGCACAAGGCCGACGACGAGUACAUCCGCGCUCCGGACGAAGGAACGAAGGGGAAGGCCGACACGAGCUAG